CGCUGCUUAAGAGAAUUACAUCAUACAGGAAAAAAAAAUCUUACCUCACCCUGCAACCAUUUUGGACAAGAGAUACGAAGAUUAUUAGAAAUGCGAUGAUUGCGCCAUGUGUCUCGGUGUACACAACAAACUGAUUGCUCCCGUAAAUGAACUGAUCAUAAGUGAAAAAUCUGAGAUGAAAAGAUCCAACUCUUGGAAAUUACCUGAGGACGUCGGGAGAUUCCUCCUCCAGUUGUCUGAGUAUGACGACCCAUCACUGAGGAGGAUAUACGAGUAUUACAGAGAUGAUCUGAUCUACAUCCUGGAGAACAUGGAUCCUCAUGUCCUUCUAAAAGAGCUAAGAGGUCGGAAUGUCUUAAACACAGAUACCCUCCGGGCAAAGGAAAAACAUAUGAACAAGGAUGCCUUCUCUCACAUCUUAUUACAAGAUAUUAAGGAUCUGGGAAGAAAAGCUGUGAUUGGACUCUGGGAAUGUCUCUAUAAGCUACAGAAAUAUUAUCCUCAUCCUAAUUUAUUGGCUGUUCUGGGUGAGAUCAUACAGACAGGUAAGGGCCUGGUGGAUCAGAUUCUGCUGGAUGAACUUGGACACUCACUGCUCCCAGAGCUGAUAGAUAUUCAAGAAAAGCACAAACAACAUCUGAUGGAGAAGACUGAGACUCUAGUGGAGCAUAGACCCCCAGGAACUACCCUGGAACCACAAACAUUCCUCAUCAAUGAGCGUUAUGUGAACCUGAUUGUAGUCGCCACUGAUCAGUUCAGGGAACGUCCCCAGAAUGAGCUAAUACAGACUGGGGUAAAACAUGAAGAAUGCUUGAAGGAAACACAAAGUGGACUGGAACACAUUUCCCCCAACAAGCUAUUCAGAUGGAACCACCAAUCACAUUGUGUACCACACGCAGUAAUGGUGAGCGGAGUGCCAGGAAUAGGGAAGACCACACUGAUGCAGAAGUUUGUCUAUGACUGGGUGACCGGAAAACACUACCAGAGAUUUGCCUUUCUCUUCUUCUUCAGAUUCCGGGACCUUAAUAGACUGGGAGAGGUCAGCUUGGAGGAGAUGAUUCUUCAUCAAUAUCCACAUCUGGAGAGUCAGAUUGGAAAUAUUUUACAAGAUCCAGAGAGACUUCUGUUUAUAUUUGAUGGCUUAGAUAAAAGUAUUCACCAAAUGGAUUUCAGAUCAAGUAAACUGUCAAAUCCAAAACAGAGAUCACAUUUCGGUGAGAUUGUGGUCAGUUUGGUGAGGCAGAGACUUCUUAAGGGUUGCUCUGUACUGAUAACCAGCCGCCCAACCAGACUGGCAUCAGUUGAUACCGGUGUUUUCCAGAGAAUAGUUGAGAUCAUGGGAUUUCUCCAUGGAGACCGACUGAUCUUCUUUAAUAAUUUCUUUGGAAAUGAGGAAUUGUCAGGAAAGGCUUUUCAUUAUGUGCAGGAGAAUGACACACUGUACACUUUCUGUUAUAUCCCAUCAUACUGCUGGAUCAUCUGUACAGUGUUAUCAAUGUGCUUCAGAUUCCAACCAACAAUCACUGAUCAGCUGAUGACAUCAUUACCCAAAACAGUGACACAACUCUUUGUGACUUUUGUCUCCAACAUUCUGGCCAAUCACAGCCAGAAUAAAGAUGGUGGUCACACUGCCCGGGAACUGCUGACCUCUAUUGGGUGGAUGGCAGAGCAUGGAGUCAUGAAUCACAUAAUUGUGUUUGAUGAGCGUGAUCUGGUGUCAUUUAAUGUGAGAAAUGAUAAUCAUCUCUUCUCAUCUUUCAUGAUGGAAUCUGGUCAGCCUCCUGAUGUGGAUUUCACCUUCUUACAUCUCACACUUCAGGAGUUUUUUGCUGCUUUAGUCCAUUUUAUUAAUUAUAAUCCUGACAGAUUACAGAAAACACUUGAUGAUGCUGAAUCUUACAAAGACGGCCGUGCUGAAAUACUCCUCCGUUUCCUCUGCGGUCUCUCAGACUCUUCUACUAGAUCCAUGUUAAAGUCUCAUGUGGGAGAAUUGUCUACUCAGGCUGCCAGACAUGUCAUCUCCUGGAUCCAGAAGAAAAUACCAGAACAAACACCUGACAAACCCAUGAGAGGCAACAGAGAUCUUAAUGUAUUCUACUAUCUCUAUGAGAGCAGGAAUAAGGCUCUGGUGUCACAAUAUAUUGGAUCAAACAAAGUUGACUUUUCUCAUGUCCCCCUCAGCCCUCUGGUCUGCUCUGUGCUGUCUUUUAUUCUUCAGUCCUGCAGAGAGACAGAAGAAGUAAAUAUAAGUUCAUGUAAUAUUCAGAGUGAAGGUGUGAGGAAGUUUAUACCGGCUCUACACAACAUCAAGAGUUUGAGGUAA